UUAGGAUAAUGAUGUAAAUAGAAAAUAUUGCAAAAUGUCAUUCAUUCAUUUGCCAGAAGAACCGUGGUUUAAUAACUUCUGACAGUGUGCUACAGGUUUAACAUUUGCUGUGUAAAAAAAGAAAGAAAUAUAUACUGGUGCAUUUAUCAUUUCAAGAAAUUACUAUAAUUCCUUGAAUGGGACAGAAUGAAGGGAAGCAUGCGGGCGGUAAACACCAUACCCCAGGGAAUUCUCGCAAGGCAAGCCGAGCCUCAGCGGCAGAGUCAGACUCAGACUCUAUAGAUACCUCUUCCUCUACCCAGAGCCCAGCCACUCCAUCUGAUUCCAAACAAAAUCGAAUGAUGGCCUUCUUUAGAAAACAGAGUGAGGCUUCCAAAAAGCGCAUGGACCAUCAAUUAUAUCUGGCACAAGAAAGUCCUGAACCCACAAUUGAUUUAUCAAAAUGUGAACUUGAAGAGAUCCCACCUCUGGUUUUUUCUUUGUGCAAGAUUUUGAGUAAAGAGGCAGUGUUCCUGGGUGAUAACUGGCUAGGAUCAUUAGAAGGCGGGAAGUGUAUUGACAUGAGGACAGUAAGGGUGUUAGACUUGCACAACAAUGAAAUUAAAGUUUUGCCCAAAGACAUAGGAAGUAUGACUUGUUUACAGGUACUCAACUUGGAAAGAAACAGAAUUUCAAUUUUGCCAAAGAGUAUUGAAAAUCUGAAACACUUACAGACAUUAAAUUUAAAAGGAAAUAGAAUGAAACUUGUAUCCCCGUCCCUGUGUGGCCUAAAGAGCUUACGGACCUUGGAUAUAUCAGAAAAUAAAAUCACCAGCUUACCUCCUCAGUUGUGCAAUGUUAGGACACUGGAAACUCUAGUCAUAGAUGUCCAGAAAAUAACGUAUCCCUCCCCAGAUAUAUGCAAGAAGGGCACAGAAGAAAUCAUGACAUUUCUAUGCACAGAGUGUCAGAUGGAGUAUGAACCUCCUUCCAAGUUUCUGUUGGAUAUUCUGGAACCACCCAAUCUGAUAUUAUCCCCUCAACGGUCUUCAUUUGCCAAAGCUGCAGAGGAGGAGGAAAGUGCAUUAAAGCAAAAUAUUGAUAGCUACAAUUCAAUCAUGGAAAAGAAAAGACUUCAGAGGAUAGAGUUAGAAAGAUUGAUGGAAUUAGAAAUGUUAGAGCAAGCUCAGCUCGCCAGCCAAGCCAUGGGCGAAAAACAGAGGUUCAUAGAGGAAAUGGCAAAGGAUCAAAAUAAGAUGGACAAAGAACUAGAAACUAUUUUUCAUGGAAGAGGAGAAGAGCGGAAGAAACUUGUUAAAUACAUUCAACAGGUGGCAGACAGCACUGAUGAUCUGAUAAAGAAUAUGCUGGAGAUGCAGGAGAAGGCUAGAAAAACAGAGGAACUUCUGGAAAUUAUGGAGCGAGAAAGAAUCGAGGAUGAACAGUUGUAUGUUGUCAAGGCAGAAGAACUUCAGAACUUGCGGAAACAGGAAGUACUCAGAGCAAUGGAGGCUAUGUUACAGGAGUCAGAAAUGUUUGAGUAUCUGAGAUCCAACUAUGUCAAUACCAAAGACCAUGCUUUUAGACAAGCCUUGCAUGAUGAGGAGAUGACAAGUCAGGACCAAGUACAGAGCAUUCUUCGUAGCAAGGAUCUUGCUAACACCAAUAUGUUAGAAGUUCUUCAGAAACAGGAGGAGUUUCAGAGAGAUGCAUUUGAGGCCUUACAGAUCCAGAAGGAUAUUAAAUCCCAGAGGAUUGCCCAGCAGAUAAAUAUGAUUGAAGAGGAAUUAGCCAGCCUUACACGGGUGGAGAUUCAGCGUAAAGAGGAAAGAACAGAUGACGAAAUUAACCGACUUGCUGAGAAGAGGAUAGAAUUGUUAGGAUUACUGUCUCAACUGAUGCAUGAACAAGAGGGUCGAAGAGACGAACUCAAAAAGAGACUGGCUGAGAUGGAGCAACAAAAGGAGGAUGGGCAGACAGACUAUUGGUUGGUACAGUACCAGAGACUGAUGGACAAGAAACCUCAGGCUCUCAUGGAUCGAGAGAGACAUUUAGAGAUUGCAGUGGUGACUGUACUGGAAGACUCGGGAGCAGAGGAUUAUCUCCCUGUGUUUGCUAGGCAUCGCAUCACCAUAGAAACCUUGCUGCAAAUGACAGAUGAUGACCUGAAACAAAUGGGUGUUCAUGAACUUGGGCUAAGGAGAGCUAUUUUGAAGAAUGCCCAAAAUUUCAGAACAUCAAAGGCUGCCACAUAUCCCAGUGAUGUCGCUGAACCAACUCCAAGUAAACCAAUCAGUGACAAGUUCAAGGACCAGGAGAAUGUGACCUUUGACCAUCCAAAACCAUCAGCUCCACCUGUUAGGCAAAGCUCCGUACUAGCAAGAGGACUUAACUCAGAAUGUGUGAUAUGUCUUGAUAGACAGUCUGCUGUGAUUUUUCUCUCCUGCGGCCAUGUUUGUUGUUGUGAAGAGUGCUCAGAACCCCUUAAGGACUGUCCUCUUUGUCGCGGAACCAUUAUUCAGAGAAUCAAACUUGGAACCACUGCCUUUGCGGAGGCACCAGUCCCAAUACCAACCGAACACCCCCCUCCGGCCCCAUUACCAGAGGAACAUCCCCCAUCUGCUCUAUUACUCUAAUUAUCUGCUUUCCUAUAGUCUCUGACAUCUACAAUAAUAUAACAAUAGGUGUUGUGUAACAAGACAUAUUUAUUCUAAGCUAAACUGAAUGAUAGAUAUAUUCUGUGUAUUUUAACCAUUAUUUACACAGUGAGUCUGUUUAUAAACUUUACAUUGCACUGUGUAGUGAAGGAGAAACCUUCUUUAUUAAGAUUAAACAAAAUAUUACUGUGAUUAAGUUUGAAAUGAUUCAUUAUUACUAUCCUAGUUGUAUGUGUAUACUCAUUUAAUUUGAGUCUGUUAUGUUGGGGUUUUUAUAAGGUCAACAGUUAUAUGAUUGUUCAUGUUUAAGUUUAACUGUGCAGAAUUAGCCAGCUUCAUUUUAUCCUCAACUACAUGGUCACUAGAUAUUUUCUUAAUAUUAAAUGUAAUGGAAUAAUACAUGUAUGUACAUGUAUAUGUGUAUAGAACUUACAAGUCCCACAGAAAGGUAAAUUAUAGCAUUUUCUCAUGAUGUGUUGUUUAUAGAUUAUGUUUAUACAUUGAGAAGCUGUGUUUCCAAUUCCAUGUGUUCUUUUCUACUACUGUAUUUUUACCAAAUGUUUUGUCCUUUACAUGUAAUUCAAAGAGAAGUAUAUUUAUGUACCAUGUGCAAAAACAAAAAAACUCAGCAUUGAUUAUCAUUGUUUUGUUUUGUUUUUGCUUUGUAUUGAAUUUCACCUCGAAUAUUUAAAAAGACAAAUAACUUUUUA